AUGUUCAAGAAGAAUGUAUCUAUUCAGACUGCACGGCCGAUCUCGGGAAAGGACGUGAAGGAACUGAAAAGGAAAAUCAAGAUUUCCUUCCCUGACCUGUCUGAAGAGGACGUAGACCAGUUCUUCCCUGCAAAGGCGGAAGUUCAGGUGGUGAAGCUGAAGAAUAGGACGAUUGCAUACACAUGCGGCAAUGCCAAUCCGCUCUUCUUCGAUCCAGACGGCCGCGGCGACCUGCUGGUGCCCACAGUCUAUGCGCUGUGCAAAUGCCCUCACAUCCUCGAGACCCUGUACACCUACAGUGAAGUUUCGCCAAAGGUGCUGGGAGGAGCUGAUCUGUUCCUGCAAGGCCUGAUUGUCCCACAGGGAGGACUAGGGGACUUCAGCGCAGGGGAUCUGCGCGCAGUAUCAGUUCCAGGGAACCCAUUUCCCUUUGCAGUGGGGACCAUGGAAGUGGGCAGCAGUGAGGUGGCCAGGACCGGGCUGAAGGGCAAGGGGCUGAAGCUGCUGCACUUCUUUGGGGAUCAGCUGUGGGGCCUCGGGGACAAAGCCUCCCCAGAUCCCAGCUUCACCCCGACUCGCAUCUUCCCCGUGAAGGAGUGCCUCUUGCAUGGUUUGCACUCAGUGGCAGACGAGGAUUUGCCCAUGCUUACUAGCGACUUCUCUUCCAAGCACAUGCUGCCCGCAAAGGCUGACGGAGCAAACAUAGACAUCAAGAAAUCCUCCUACAAGAAGCUCUCGAAGCUGCUCUCAACUUUUGAGAAGAAGGGACUACUAACCACAAAGGUGAUCCACAAGCAGGACAAGCUGACAGCUGUCAAUCGCAGCCAUGAGCUGUACACUGAUUAUUCCCCCAGGCAGCAGGCAGCUGCCAGCAACUCCUCUGCAGCUUCCACCAGCGGCAGCAAAAUCACUGUGACAUAUUCUUACAGGGUGCCGACAUCUCUGCGGCCGAUCUUUGACUCGGAUGCUGACAAGGACACUCUGUACAGCGAGGAGAGAGUGUGUGCUCUGCUGAAGGCAUAUGCUGAGAGAGAGGGCCUAGGAGCUGGGCAGGGAGCCAUCAAGUUAGACAAGUUGCUGGUGGGCCACCUGUUCAACAAGAAGGAGCCGCAGCAGGAGGGUGAGACCCACCCUUUUGAGGACACCAUGCGCCGGCUGCUGGGCAAAUUGGCGCUUUUCCACACCAUGGCCCGAUCCUCCCCAGAGGCAAGCCUCACCCUCUCAUGCGCAGCAAUGUACAUAAUCACAAACAGAUCUUUGCAUGCCUGCCUUUCCUACCAGGGGGUGGUUGAGGUGGUGAAAAAGGGGUCCGUGAAGAACAUCACCAUGAGCAUGGAGGACCGCAUGGGGGGCAGGAAGCACGUGACUCACCUGAUGCACGUUGAGUCAUUCGGUUUGAAUGCGGACGAGCUCGGAGCGGCUCUGCAGCGCAAGUUCAAGACUUCCUGCAGCGUUGCCAAGCUGCCUGGAAAGACAGAGACCGGCAAGGAGAUAUCACUGCAGGGGAACUUGCUACAGGAGAUUCCGAAGUAUCUAAAGGAGGAGUAUGGCAUUGAGGGGCAGUACAUUGACAUUAAGAAGAGGGGCUCCUAG